CGACAUCCGCCGACGCCGACGCGGUCUACCGCCGACCCGCUAACGCCGUCGCCCCCCCUGCGCCAUCGCCAUGGACCUCCCCAUCUGCGUCAUCGGCACGGGCGCGUCCGGUACCGUCGCGACGAAAGAGCUCCACGAGGCCGGGCUCGAGGUCGACUGCUACGAGAUCCAGGACGGGCCCGGCGGCCUCUACAAGCGGGACAACUACGAGGACGCCUGCCACACGUCGUCGAAGAUCUACACGAGCUACGCCUGCUUCCCGCCCAAGGACGGCCUCGUCCAGUGCGGCCACUACACGCUGAGCGAGUACUGCGACUACCAGCGCCGCUUCACGGAGCACUUCGGCAUCGUCGACCUCAUCAAGUACGAGCACAAGGUCGACGCCGUCGCCAAGCUGGGCGACGGGACCUGGGAGGUGACGGUCACGGACCUCAAGAAGGGCAAGUCCUUCGUCAAGAAGUACCGCGCGGUCGUCUGCUGCAGCGGGACGCACACGCACGCGCCCGAGGCCAAGAGCGUGUCGUUCGUGCAGGGCUUCGACGGCGACGUGCUCCACAGCCACCAGUUCCGGAGCAGCAAGGACUUCGCGGGGAAGCGCGUCAUCGUCGUCGGCGGCGGCGAGAGCGGGAGCGACGUGUCCUGCAAGGUGAGCCAGGUCGCGGCGAAGGCGUGGGUCGCGACGCGCGGCCGCACGGGCCACAUGACGCCGCGGGGCCCGCAGAUGCCCGAGACGGACCACAUCGACAAGUACCACUGGCACCUCGCGGACCCGAAGAACCAGGUGCCCGAGGCGUCCUUCGACCUCGACCUGAGCGCGGCGCACUUCGCGACGGCGACGUGGCAGAUGGGCGGCGUGAGCUCGUACCGCGACGUCGUCGGCACCCAACAACCUGUGCAUGGGGACCCACAUCAACUCCCAGUUCGGCACGAAGAACAUGGGCCUGAGCUCCGCGGUCGCGCGCUACGGGCUCGUCCCGAAGCCGCCGAUCGCGUCGUGCGCGGGCAAGCGCGUGACCUUCGAGGACGGGAGCGUCGCCGAGGACGUCGACGCCAUCGUGUUGUGCAUCGGCUACGCGCCCGACAUCGAAUUCCUCGACAAGGGCCUCAAGAUGCAGGUCGCGAACCCGCGGAACUCGCUCAAGCACUGCGUGCACCCCGACGUCGACAACUUCUUCCUCGUCGGCUUCAUCCGCCCGGCCUUUGGGAACAUCCCGUCGCUCUCCGAGCUCCAG